UUUUUUAUAAAUACCAAAAUCCAUUAAAAAAAAAAAAGAGUGAGAGAGAGAGAGAGAGAGAAAAUGGAUCCAACCUUGUACAGUGCUGCGGUGGAAGGCAAUACCAACGAUGGUGAUUUUUCACUUGUUGAAUAUCUGAAAAGGGAUGAAGAAAAUGGGUACCAAGUCACUCCAAAGGGAAACACUGUAGUCCACGUGGCAGCCCUUUGUUCCCACUCCAAUUUCGUGGGAGAAGUCCUUAAGAUUAAUCCAGCGUUGUUAUGCUGUCAGAACAAGAGAAAUGAGACUGCACUUCACAUAGCAGCUAAUGAAGGCCACACUGAAGUAGUCCGCGUGCUACUUAGCAUAGCUGGUGAGGAGAAUUAUAAGGAGACACUCAUGAGGAUGGCAAAUAAGAAUGGAGAUACAGCCCUGCACAAGGCCGUGAGGAGUGAACAUGUUGAUGUUGUCAAGAUCUUGGUGAAAGAAGAGGAUCCUGAAUAUGAAUAUCGGGCAAACAAGGCAGGGGAGACACCACUUUAUCUGGCGGCUGAGUCUGGUUUUAUUCAUAUUCUACGUGAAAUCUUGGAAUCAUGCAAGAACCCAAAUUAUGCUGCAGGUCCAUUUGGUCGAACACCUCUUCACGCAGCAGUUGUUCACGAACACUUGGGAGAAGUAUGAUAAGGAGAAGUACAAUAAGGAGUACGAUAACCUGUACCCUUUUCACCGUGGUCAAUUUGGACGACGUAGCUUCAAGAUAAAAUCGCAGGAGCAAGAGGAACUCAUCAUGUGGCGCGGCAUCAAAACAAGUAGGUCACUAAUGACGAUGAAUUAUUGAAAAGUGAAAGCAAAUAUAUAAUGUAGAUAGCUCAAAUGCAUCUAGUUUUUCCAAAACAAGCUGAUAAUUCUUUUGAUAGUCGAAGCUCCUCCAAAAGAAGAUUAGCAAAGGAGGAAGAAGAAGACGUUUAUAAUUCUUGUAUAAAUAAUCAUGUUUUAAUGGUUACUUCUUCGAUAGUUUUAACUUAUAAUUUUUGGAGAAUAUCAGCAAAGGAGGAAGAAGAAGACGACGCCUAUAAUUCUUGUAUAAAUAAUCAUGUUUUAAUGGUUACUUCUUCUAUAGUUUUAACUUAUAA